AUGGACGCUACCCAAGACUGGCUAAAGCAAGUUCUGACUCCUUAUCAGUCUGCUGACAGAGUAUUUAGAGACACCGUCGCUGUCCUGACCUCAUACAAUGGACUCUCGCCGAAAACAGACACAUUCACAAACGAACAUGGCGUAACCGCAGUCCUACUAUGUCUGCACGGAACAAUCCCAAUCCUAUUCAAAAAUGUCACAUACAACAUACCCAUCGCCGUAUGGUGUCCUUAUGUCUAUCCUGCCCAGCCCCCAAUAGCAUUCGUACAGCCCACCUCUACUAUGCUCAUCAGGAAUGGUAAACAUGUCGAUCUGGAGGGAAAGAUAUAUCAUCCAUAUCUCGCCUAUUGGCACACUGCUCCAGAGAAUCGAACAGUCAAAGAACUCUUAACAAUCCUGCAAGGAAUCUUCCAACAAGAACCACCAGUAUACAGCAAACCUCCUCAACCUUCAAUGCCAGGUGGUGCAUACCCUCCCCAACAACCGUCAUACAACAAUGGCAACCCACAACCAUCAUUCGAAUCACCACCAAUGUACACACCCCUCCCAACCAACCUACAAUACAACAAUCUCCCAUAUCAAACACAACAACAAUACCAACCAAACGGUAACGACCCAUCAUAUCGACCAUCAGAACCUCCUUCUCAAGUCAUACAACCACCUAUAUUGCCAUACGAUUCAUUAAAUAGAGUAAACAGUAAUAAUAACACGUCACCAAUGAUGAAUCACUCGAGACCUAGUAAUAAUAAUACAAAUCCAGCAGACGAUGAUGCAAAUGUCCGAUUAGCAUCACUACGAAGUAUGGUGACUGACAAACUAGCUAGGAUACGGAGACAGCAGGAUCCAUACAAGAUGGAUACGCUGCUGGUUGCUAAUAGACAGUUGAAUGAUGGGGCGAGUAGGAUUGAUGAUGUUGUGAGGAGGUUGAAUGAUGAAGAGCAAAAAGUAGCUCAGAAUUCGACCAUUCUGGAUACCAAAAUGCAAGAAUUGAAUGAAUUGUUAGAGACGGUACGGAAUCAACCUAAAGUUAAUGCUGAUGAUAUCAUUACUGGGCUGAUUGAAGUGGUUGCAGAAGACCACUCUAUUGAUGAUGCCUUAUAUUGUCUCGGUGAAGCAUUCAGUAGAGAAAAAGUUGAUGGGCCUACAUAUUUAAAGCAUGUUCGAUUACUUGCCCGAGAACAAUUCCUGAAAAGAGCACUUGUCAAGAAGAUCAGGAAGGUGGCUAAUCUCCCACCAUAG